AUGAGGGUAGGUGAGCCGCAGGGAACAACGUCGGCGCGACAGGAGCGAGCCAUCGUAUUGUGCGAUAAAGCCGUGGAACGCGUACUCGGUAUGUACUGGGACCUGAAAGUAGACAGGUUAGGGUUUAACGUAGGACUGACACAUGUUCCUGCAAGUAUUCUACAGGGAUGUGUCCAACCUACGAAGCACAAAUAUCUCCGUUUUAUGAUAUCGGUGUACGACCCACUCUGCCUGCUCGGACCGUACACUAUUAGUUCAAAAUUAAUCCUGCAAGCAAUCUGGCGUAGUGGGAUCGGAUGGGACGAACCCCUUCGCGAUGAAGAGGAUGAGGCGUGGCAUGAUCGUAGUUUAAUUAGAAUCAAGGGUCGUGUGACUUGUGUGGCGGGCGCCGAGUUUAAUCAUACUCCGAUAGUGUUGCAUGGGAAGCAUAAUACCAUUAGGGCUAUCGUGCGGAAGCUGCAUUGCCGCUGGCAAUAUGGUAAUUACGAAACAGUCGUGAACGAGCUGUUGCAACGGUACGUCGUCUUCGGAGAAAGGCCCGCGCUGAAAGCCGUCUGCAACCAGUGUUUGAUUUGCAAGGUGCGACGUGGUCGUCCACAGCCACCACUAAUGGCUGCCUUGCCUGACGGAAGGCUGGCGUAUCAGCAGCGUCCGUUCACGCACUGUGGGGUGGAAUAUUUUGGUCCCAUAUUGGUAAAGAUAGGACGCAGCCGCGUCAAACGCUGGGGAGUCCUUUUCACGUGUCUGGCGACACGAGCGGUGCACUUGGAAAUUGCGUGCAGUUUAGCCACAAGCUCGAUGAUUAUGGCGUUACAGCGAAUGGCAGCGCGGCGAGGCUGUCCGGCGGUGAUUUAUAGCGACAACGGGACCAACUUCCGCGGCGCGUGCACGGAGCUUCAGACGGAAGUAGCUCGCUUAGACAGGCAGCGACAAAAGGAGUAUGCAUUAAAAAACGGCAUACGCUGGGUCUUCAACCCACCCGAAGCGCCCCAUAUGGGCGGCUCCUGGGAAAGAUUGGUUAGAUCGGUGAAAGUUACGCUUCACGCGACGCUUAAGGACAAGGUGCCUUCCAAGGAAGUUCUGUGCACGGUGCUCGCCGAAGCGGAACAUGUUGUGAACUCGCGCCUUCUUACGCACGUAUCGGUGCAUCCUGGGGACGGGGAAGCGCUUACUCCCAAUUACUUCCUCAUAGGAACAGCGAGCGGUUCGGUCAAGACUUAG